GGUGUGCAUGCGGCAGUGACUGCUUCCGUUUGAUGCCGAGGGUCUGAAGGUAUUCUGUGAAAGUGUUGCUCGUGUACUCCCCUGCACCAUUGCUCUGGAAUUCUUGCAGUUUCACGCCAGACUUUCUUUCAGCGACGGCGAGCCAUGCGACAAAGACGGAAUGGGCGAGAUAUCGAGCGGGAAGGUUUGCUGUCCAGACGUAGUGAGUAGAUGCUUCGAUGAAUGUUAUCACGUACUGCUCGUCUUUAGGACCUGCUUCAGGUAAGUUAAGAAUAUCGCUGUAGACUUUCUGCAUCAGUUUGUAACGUGUGGAGCCAGGAAAGUGACUUGGAAACAGAUCAUGGGUAAGAUUAGCGACUGGACACGGUAUGCAAACCGUGGGACGGGACUGCGGCUUCAUCUCCAUGCCGUCAGGUAAAAGAAGACUGUUUUUAUCAAGAACUGCUGCUCGUAUUGAAUGAUUAAGAAUCCCUUACGAUGGAUGUCCUAACCGCUGAUGCCAGAUAUCUUCUGUGUCUUUGUGUCCUGAUGAUCGCAGGUUCAUCAGCUGCAAGUCCACUAAUUUCUCCCCAAAGUGGAGGUGGAGUCCCUUGAAGAGCCUCGCAAGUGUUAUAAAAUGUUCGCCAAGCGUUGGCGCAUGCAUCGGCGGUACUGAACUCCCAGUUAUCCAGUGCGGGACCAAGUGCAAGGACGCGUUCAGAAUCUCUAGAAGUUCCCUGUGCUGCGAACUGAAGAACGGACAUGCCAUGUUGAGUGACGGCACGGCCGAGGAGCUGAGCCAUGGAGAGAAGAUAGAAGCCAAGUCCAGCGAUGAUAAGAACAUUGGUAUCGGACGACGAAGCGGGCGUUGGUUGGUGAUGAAGCUUGUCUCAGCGGAGCACAUGUGCCAACCGCAGCAGCUGUCGAGAUACCAAGUAUUUGGACCUGAAAUUAUUCGAGCAAGACCGGAGGACGAUGCUGUGACGGCGACGGAUUCUGCGGCGUUUUCGGCAUCUGCUGCGUCUGGGCCGUCGACUGCUGCGUUGGCUGAUGUGACUUCGGUAACUGCUGCGAGCGAUGAUAAGGUUGUGAAGUGCUGCGUCAAUUCUGGUCGAGAUCUUGCUGUUCUGCUUGAAGAUACGACAAAAUUUCAGCUUCGGAGAGGUUUGGAUUCAUGCGCAGGAAGGCGCGCGUCUGUCGCCAUUCGGGUCCAAGGCCAGCAAGAAGGACCGUGAGAUACAUCUCACAAGGGAAGUAUCUGUCACAGGAUCGAAUGUCCCAAGGAAAGGUUUGCUCAAUGUUGCACUAUCAUUCAGUACAAGAAGCAAGGUUGAAGCUUGGAUGGAAGUUGGCUGAUGUCGAGAUUAUGGUGUGGAUGACUGUAAUGAUAAGGGGUCAAGUGCUUGUGCUGAUGUUGGAUGUCCAAGAGGGCGCUUGUGUGGUCGAUGUACAAGAUGAACCAUGCGAGGGGUUGGAACCAUAAACGCGGAGCUGGUAACUUCCAGAAUCAGCGCCAAGUAGUUUCCCUCGGUGGUUGCUCAGGCAAGGAAUCUCAGCUGCGUAGAUAUCCCAUGGUGAUGGGUUAGGAUAUCUGGGAACGUUACGGGUAUUCCCAAGUAAUCCUCUCCCAUUUCCAAAUGAGCAUUGGUGACAGCCAAUCCAGUAUGACCUUAUGCGCUUCCAGUUUAGCACGGAGGCCAUUGGUAGGCAUCGGUGUCUGGGCGCACAUAUUGGGAUAGGUCUUCUGGUGCUAUCAUGUGUUGUCUUAUUCUGCCACUGUCCUUGAAGUAGCGUUGCAGUCGAAGACGUCUCGGCUACUCAGCAUCGGUGUUGAAGUCUGCUCCAUUUCGGCAAACAGGGGUGUUGUUGGAGAUACGCGGAGUCCACUGUCCGGAGUGGCGUCGGCGCUCCAUUCCACGCCUAUCUGCUUCCGUGGAGCUGGUGCUGGUGAUGGAUUGGUUGCGACGCAGGUUUUAUGACUUUAAGGAAAGCCAUAGGCCAUGAGGACUGUAUAUCGGUAGAGCACCGUGGUCCUCCCAUCCCCAUAAGAGCAAAUAUCUGAUGCUCUUGAGGGUAUAUGGCAUUGCCAUGUUGUUUCCUCGCAUAGUGGUAUCUCCUUCCCACUAGCUGGAAAUCAAUGUAGUGCCUGGCCGGGUCUUUACGAUCCACUGGAAUAUAAUCCAGCAUUAUAUCCAUUGAGCGGAGAAUCAUCCAUCAGGGUUUGGAUAUGAAUGUUGUGUCGAGUCUUCUGCUGCGGCGGCGGUGGCGGUUGCGACGAUGGCGACGGCGGCACCUGCUGCAGAGAAUUCUCUUAACUCAUACCGGUUGAAGGAGAAUCCAUCAACUCCCCCUUCCCAGUAGAGUGUUCCUGAUGGGUGUAACAGGCGUCAUUAACACCUGGAAUCGCGACGCAUGAUUGGUGUGUCGCCUCGUGAGGUCGAUGUUGAGACUUCUCCAAUCAAUCACCUCGGAUGGCUGAGAUUCUUGAUGAAAACGAAUUGUUCAGCUCCUGUUACGAAGUAGUGUCUCGCUGGCCUUGACGAGACGGGUUCACUGCGUCGUCGUUGCGUGCGAAAUCUGCUCCUUUGCAGCAACUUGAACUUGGGAGCAUUGCAAGAGAAAACGGCUACUUCUCUGCAAUCCCAUAACUUGUCGAUCAAUUUGUAUGAAAAAGUGUCUCGUGGAUGGAGAACAUGUCUUCACGCAGCUCCAUUGUUUUUCCUGGGUGAAGAUCCCGUCGUGUUGAUGUCGAUCUGUUUUUAACGAAGAUGACUUCGUCAAAAUAACUCGAUCGUUAUCGACACCAGUCAGAAGAUGCGUCGAUUGUGCAGUCGCUGGUACCGAAUGUUGUCUCCAUGAUGAUGAUUUCCCAUAGUGUAGUCUCUGCUGUAUUCGUGCCGUUGAUUCCGCACCGAUCCGACGAUCCACGUUCUCCUGUUGAUCCCGUAGUGUACGGACGCGGUUGACGUGAUCCAUGAUGUUCUCGUUUGUCAUCAUCUGCACACUUGUUAACUGCGAAAGAAUCUUACUCACUGUUAUUGUAUCUUUUGCCAUGUAAACCCCCUUCAAGUGGUUCCAUGCAGUUUCAGCUGGUGUAAAGCUUGAAUGAAACGAUCAGAUACCGAACUGCUCCUUCGGCGAUAGGUUCCGUACAAGUACUGUAUACGCACCGAGAGAGGCGUGCAAAAAACUCUGCUGAUCUAGUUGUGUUCCCACAACAGGAUAAGUAAACUCACCGGUGAAGAACGGCCAUAGCCCAGCGGACUGCGCCAGAAGCUCAAACUCGAAGGUCCAGGAGUAAAAAUCAACUCCAUUA